UGCUAGUAAGAGAUAGAGUGAGAGAGAGGAGAUAGAGAUUUUAGAGAGAGAAACAGGUCACCAGAGAUAGAGAGAGAAGGUGAGAAGAAACCGAACGCUCCAAAACCCACGUAGGGAAGCGAGAUUUUAGAAAGAAACAGGUCACCAGAGAGAUAGAGAGAGAGAGAGAGAGAGAGAGAGAGAUCGGGCAAACGAAACAAGCAAAGCCUAUUUCCCCGUCCUCACACUAAAAAAAUCGACUUGCUCGUUUAGCUCUCCAUCACUCUUCUCCCUGCCUCUCUCGCCGCCCGGCGGCGGAUGAGCGAUUGCCUCGUCGCCGCAUCCGGCCGAACUCAGGAAUCGCGCCGAGCAUGGCGAGUAUUGCGCGCGGCAGAUCGCGGCGCAGGGGAGAGAGCGGCGGGUCGUCCGAGCGGAAUGCAGCGCAUUCAGCAGUUCCCACCGUCGAUCACCAUGGGGUUGUGCCUUUGAGGAAACAAGCAACUUACACUGGGAUACUCUCUGAUUCCCUGUUCUCUGCUGGAAACAGGCAAAGUAAAUCAAGAAAAGCCAGUGUUGUACCGAUGAAAAUGCUAAUAGAUGAAGAAUUCUCAAAAGACGUCAAUGCUAGGCACAUCUCACCAGGUGCUGUAGGGAGACUAAUGGGUCUUGAUUCACUUCCUUCAUCUGGAACCCAUAAUCAGCAGAGAUAUACUCAAAGUCAUGCACCAAACACUUCAGCUGGUAGUUCUCAUGAUCUACAUGGUUUAUAUGAAGACAUUCCACAUAGGAGAAGUUCAGAUGAUAUCAAAGACGUUUUGGAAGUUAUGGAGGCUGCAAAUCCAAAGAUGCACUGGAGCCCAAGAUCUAGAAAUGGAAAUACAAGUUCCAGAUCUGACAAGAUGGACAGUGCUGAUAUAGAUUUCAUAAGGCAGAAAUUUAUGGAUGCUAAGCGUCUUUCUACUGAUGAAUCCCUUCAUAUGUCAGAAGAGUUUAAUGAGACACUUGAUGCAUUGGUAUCUAAUAGUGAUCUUCUGCUGGAAUUUCUUCAAAAAUUUGACCCUGUUGUCAGAAGGGACCUGCAUAAUCACAGUUCACCAUCCUCUACCGCAAACUGCAUUACAAUAUUGAAACCAUCUCGAAGAAAUCAAUAUAGUGGCGUGGACAAUAUUUAUCCACAAGCUACUGAAAGCUUCUUCAACAUGCAAAAGGAAGUGAAACAUUCUUUGAGGAAGCCAUAUUCGAAUGUGUCCUCUCAAUCCCUAAAGCAAGAGUCUGGUUCAUUGAGGCAGAAGCUGUCAAGGUCAAGACGCCAGGAGAACACCGACAAACGAGCCUGCCCCACUCGGAUCGUUGUCUUGAAGCCAUGUCUUGAGAAAGCUCAUGGUAUUGAAGGAGCCUUUGACCUAAAUCAUAAAAUCCCUCAUUCUGAUUAUAGAAGGCACAAGGAAUCUCAGGAUGUUGGUAGAUGGAAUUCGUAUACUGAAGAGUAUAUGUGUCAGGUGUCCCUAGGAGAUUCUGAAAAAUCAGGCCAUAUGGGGAAGGGAUCUAGAGAAAUUGCUAGGGAGAUCAGAAAACAAAUGAGAGCUGCUAGGGGUGGAAGUAGGAAACAUGAUGUCGAACCAGAGACCAGAACUUUUGUUUCGGAUGAAAGGUCACAAUUCCUGUCAUCUGUUACUAAGCUCAAGACUUCAGAGGCAUUCUAUAGAUCCUCUGAGCUAUGUGAUGCUUGGGCUUCUUCCAGCUUCAACUCUUCACCAACAUAUUCAAUUGAAACAUCAGUAAGCAAGGAGGCAAAGAAAAACCUCUCUAACAGAUGGAAGAAGACCUAUCAGUGUCAGCAUCAAGUAACUGAUAAUGAUGGCUUCAGCACGCUUGGGGAUAUGCUUGCUCUCUCCGAUCAGGAUGCAUCAAAAGUUGCUAUCCACAAAAUGGCACACUGGAAAUGCCCAAAGGGAGAAGUGCAGAGAGAGAGAAUGCAGCACUCAAUCAUCUAUCCUCUUGGCAUCAGCAGCAAUGAUGGUUGGAGAGAUGUGGCUACAAGUAAUUUGACAAGAUCCAAGUCUCUUCCAUCAUCCUUCAGCCACGGAGUUCAAAAGUCGAACAACAGAAAAAGAAUUGGUAGUGGUAGGCAUAAUGAUUUUUCUAUGCUUAAAGAUGUUCUUAAGGUGGGACCCCACUACUCUGAACAUGCAUGCUGUAGCAGACAAAGACAAUCUCUGAAUAGAGGUUCUACAUUUCAUGGUGAUGAAUCUGAUAUGAUGUCCCCAAAGAAUGAGGAAAGAAUGAUAAUUGAACGUGAGAUACACGUAAAUUAUGAGGAACCAGCUAAUGAUAUUGUCAUGCCAGUUACAUCUGAACAGUCACUACAACAUGCAAAUCUUGACCAUGAACUAGAUGCAGUAGUUUGUUGGGAUACUAGUUCUGCAGUCCCUGGCCAGAAUAAAGAGCCUCUGUCUCCUGCUGGACAGAACAAUCAAAUGCUUCAACAGCCAGCAACGGCAUUUGAUGACCGCCUUAUUGUCCCUGAGCUCGAUGAUUUGGUGACUGAGGAUGAGCAGAUUAAAUACCAUCGAGCUGAUGAUUCCCCAGUUGUGUAUGAUCCCCAGAUAGAAUCAGCAUUUCCUGUGGGGAUUGAUCACCACCAAGGGGAUGACAAUGAAAACCUUUGUAUUCCACCAAAUGGAUCAGUAUCACCAAUGAGCUCCAACAAAGAUGACCAGCAAAGUCCAGUGUCUGUUCUUGAAUCUUCCAUGGAUGCAGAAGAUGUUUACUCAGGAGAUUUUGAGAAAAUCAGCACGGAUCUUCAAGAACUCAGGAUGCAACUUCAACUUCUCAAGAGGGAGGCUACGUACAGCAGAGAUGACACCGAGCUUUUUAUAUUGAGUGAUGCUGAGAUGACAUGUCAGCCACUUCCCGAAACGGAGGAAUCCCAUGCUUUUACUUUUAGGGAUGACGAAGAAAGGGAUUUUUGUUACGUGCAUGAUAUGCUUACCAAUUUGGGCAUUCAUGCUGCUAACCAGGAAGAGCUGCUUAACAACUGGUACUUAUUGGAGUGCCCUGCGGACCAUGAUUUAUAUGGUGAACUUGAAAAGAAGUACAGCAGCCUCAUUUUAUGGCCACAACCUGAGAGGAAGCUUUUGCUCGAUAUCACAAAUGCUGUUCUUGCGGAUAUAAUCACAUCUCUAAUGCAGUGUGGCUCAAAGGCAUCUUUCAAAAGGUGGUCGCCCAGAUGGGAUCAGGAGGGGUUUGUUGAGAUGGUGUGGCAAAGGGUGGUCCAAUUACGACAAGAAAUGGAGUUUAAUCAGGAAGGCCUAUUCUUGGAUGUAGAGUGGGUUGGUUCUGAAGACGGCACCUAUCUGGUCGGGAGCGAUAUUGGGAAUACUGUGCAAGAAGAACUCCUUGAGGAAAUCAUAUCUGACUUCCUGGGGGUGACCAAAUCCUUCAAUCUCUGUGGCUAGAAAUGGCCAAUGUUCGCACUUGUAGCCAUUAUAAGCAUAUGUAUGGAUCGGUGGCUGGUGACCUCCGGUGAAAAGGGAGCCUUCAAUGAACUGCUGAAGAGUGUUAAAGAACUCGGGAAAAACACCCCAUGGCUCCUGAAGUGCAUAAGCUAUGAUGGCUGUUAGGUAGGUAACGAAUCAUCAGACAAUUGGGAUCUCGGUUGGACCUGGUUGAACUCCGAAAAGGUGGAUUUUUCGUUUUGCAUAAUGCCGGAAUAGAAAUGUACAAUUUUAGUACAAAUAAUUGUGUAUUAAUCUUCGCUGGCAUUUAAUAUAUUUGUUACAUACAAUAAUGUUAAGCUUAGUUCUUGCA